AUGUCGGAAACCAUAGGAGAUUGGACGCCGGACCGGCUUUUACACGACAUACUCGACAACAGUGGAGAGAACACUGUUCCAGUCAAGCUAUGGUUGGGCGUCGUUCGCUUCAUGACCUACGCGUGGGGAUUGGCGCUUCAUGACGAGCAGAGAAGGGAGCUGAGAAACAUGGCGGCCAGCCUACGAGAAGACUUCGCAGCAUUGUCAAUUGUUUCGAAGGACGUCAUCCUGGAAAACGUUGUUGCUGCGUACCUGUUUGCUUGUAGACUUGAGCGGAAUCCCUUUGACGACGACACCGGCUUCGACGAGGAUGAAGGUCCCGAAGGAAUCCCAGUGGCAGAGCUCCUCAAGGGAAACCACGAGUGGCGCUCUUACUCUUACAUCAUGGUGCUCUUGGUGCACCACGACCUAGAAGUUGCAAGCUGCAAUCUAUUCAAGUCUACACCUAUCACAGCGGCCCAGCCACGCAUCUACAUUCCACAGCACUCUAGCCACCGCAUCGCUGAUUACGGGACCUUAUUCGUGGACGGCCUUACGGGGUUCUGGCGAUCGAUGGACUGUGUCGUUGAGAUCAAGCCCCCCACUGAGAACGCCGAAGAGUCUAAACGUGAGAACAUCACACCAGCAGGCUUACAAACCUAUCGCCUACAGUCCAUCAACCAGCACUCUCAGCAACUGACCGCCUACGCGGACUAUGCUUUCCAGCUGCAGCCCCAUCGGAGUGCAGUUUGCGUGCUACUCGUCAUGGGGCGCAUAUUCUCAUUACUCGUGUACCCAAACCCCGAACGCAGUAGCGUCGAUGUUCUCGAUGACCUCUGGCCUUGGCGCGCCAGUCUUCAAGUGGCUGCGAAGGAGUCCCGCUCUUAUCUCAUCCUACAGGCAAUCAGCGCGGUCGAGAAGGGUUCGAAGUGGAAGGGACUGGAGGAAGAGGAACGUCAGCGGCGAAGGGAUAGUUUUGCUGAGCGCAUGAAAGAGUUACACUCGCGGCAUCCCGGAAUUGUCUAUCACGCUGAGGAGAUGUUCACCUUGGACGACAACAAGAAAGCCUCGCUGACGGCAAGGUUUCGACACGCCCUUCAGAUCAUUCGCCGAGUGUCCGGACUUUCUCGAGACGACACUAGUUAUAAACUACCAGUUUGGGCCCUGUUUGGCAUCUCUGACGAAGCCAUUGAAGGUAUCGUCAUGGAUGACGACGAGCAGGUUUGCCUUGCAACUAUGACCACGAUGAGAGAUGUGCUGACCGCGAUGUAUCGACAGUGGCUUUUGCAAGGCGAGAUGGACGAUUUCACCAGCAGGGACAUCGAUAUUGCGAAGCAGAUACUCGUUACGACGUCUGGCUCGAAGUCUGGCUCAAGAGCGAGUCGAGGUCUAGAAGAUCGCAAGGGAUCGAGCUCGGAUGGCUACAACUUGCGCUCAGCUUCGUCGCCGCUACACCAAUCAACACACGCGUCAGAUUACCAGCCCGAGCCGACAUCUGCCUCUGCCUCGCAAGAUGAUUGA